UUUGGCCCCAGUUUCGUGCCGUAAGCGAACGUAGGCGGGAGAGAGAGUGGGGUUUGAACUAAAACUGGGGGAGGCAAGUGGAACCGAGGGAGAGAGGUCAAUGGCCGAUCGGAGCCCUGUUCUUCAUGUAUCUGUGUGCUCAGGUCAGGUGAUGCAGCAGGAUGAAGAGCCUCCUUUGGCCAAAAAACGUCAAUGCAGGGAUAUCGUCUUUGCGGGGAAGUCGUUCUACCUUGAUCUACCAGCCAACAGACAGACGCAGCUUCUAACUAAAGCCAUUGGCAGACUUGGAGGGGUCAUUGAGGGCUUCCUGAGUAGAGAUGUAAACUAUAUGGUGACUGGCAGCAAGAAGGCAGUGACCAGUGUGAGCUCUGCGGCUACUAGAAGAGGGGAAAAGUCUCAGAGCCAGGCUGCAGAACGGAAGGAGCUUAUUCAUUGUAGCCGUGGGAAGCAGCUUCUGAAGAAAGUCAUUCAGAGCCAGCAGGAGUGCAACAGUGUCCUCACCAGCGCCUGUUCUUGGGGGGUCUCGGUUCUCUAUGUGGAAGAGGUUUUGGCUUACAUAGAGAGUCUGGAGCGUCCUCCCUCACGUGAGAUCCAGAAUAAAACUGCUGAAGUCAGGGCUUUAGAUUCUACAAGGCCAAGUCUGAAAAUUGCAAGACUGAGGAGCCCAUUCAUAAAGAUUGAGGAUCAGAGCAGAAAGUUUCGCCCUCUGCAGUGCACCUUCACCAGCUUUCCGGAGCUCUCAUUCACGUGUUCAGAUAAGAGCCCCUUUGAGACAGCCCAGACAGUCAACAGGUCCCAUAAAGAGAAGGACCAUGGUGAUCAGGAGGAGGAUGAAGGACAAAGAAGUCAGAAGCCCCAAGCAAAGAAAAGGAAAGGCUAUUGCGAGUGCUGUGAGGAAACAUUUGACUCCCUGAGUGAGCAUCUGGUUGGUGAGCACCACUCGCGUUUUGUUUCCAAACCUUUAAGUUACAAGAUGAUUGAUGAGCUUGCAGCCCAGCUUACCUGUGACCUGAUGGAAAAGCCUUUCGGGUCACCCCUAAGCCCAGAAGCUGAGAGGUCUACACAAAAGGAAGGCUGGAAUUUGGGUCUGGCACCUGGUGAUGCAGAGCCUGCAGGGAAUAAGGCAGAGGAGCUGGAUAUCCAUAAGGCUGCAUGUUUGGACAAGGAUGGGCGUGCUGGGUGUGAAGAUAUCAUAGAUGCACCUGCACAGCUAAGUGAUGGUGUGGCGCAAAGGCCAGAUCAGGGAUGUGGUGAAAUUCCAUUAGCCAAAGUAGCAGUGGAGCUUUACAAUGUGUGCUGUUCUGAUCAAACUAUUGUCACUUGCCCCAUUGAGCUGCCAGAUGUAAGUGCCAAAGACAAGCUAUGUGGUAACUUGUUAGGCAAUGCCGUGGGUGAUGAGCAGGUGCUGCAGGGGACUAAAAACACAUCUGAAUCUCAUAUGGAUCUUGGGAAUGGAAUAGGGCUGGUGCAUGCAGAACUGCAUAAGCAUCCACUAACAAAGGAUUCUCAAACAGAGCCGCUCUCUCAUGCACUGGGUGAGUCACACAAACAGCUUCCAACAACAGAUGUUGCCGAUGGUCAGUGUAUACUACUAGGGGGAGCAUCAGUUAUGCAGCUUCCAUUUCAUGGUGGCACUGGCGGGUCACAGAGCCAUGUGACAACCUGUGAAGAUGCUAAUAAGCCACGUACUGAGCAUCGUCUGUAUGAUUCCCCAGUUGGGUCUCGUGCAGAACCAAAUGUGAGUGAUGCUAUUGCCAUGUCUUGUGUAAUACCUGCUCUAGAUAAUGCACUUGGAGGAACUUGUGUGGAUGCCACUAUGCAGUCACAUUGGGAGCUGCCAUUGGGAGGUACCACUGAUACCCAAAACACUCUGCUCAGUUACAGCACUACAGUGACUGUUGGGGAGCUGGGCCUUAAAUCUCAGCACCCCACUCCAGAACAACCACCACUGCUCAUUUCUACUUGUUCAUCCAUUACCACUGUUUGCUGCACAGAUACAGAGUUUAAGACUUGCACCGUGCGUGUUCAUUCCACCUCUCACUCACCGCCCAGUCAGACACUGAAAAGUAACCAAACACCAUCUUUGGUGGAAAAGGACCUUACCAACACGAACUGCCACCGAGCCAAACGGAAACAUUGUGAGUCACUGCUAUCCCCACCUGCAAAAAGGCACAUAAGCAUAGAUGGCCCGUCCCACUGCCAACCUUUGACUUUGCCUAUGUGGCUUUUAUGCCAAUUUCCUAAUUAUGGGCAGCAGGUACAGGUGCCAGUCUGGGCAGACUUGGGCAAGUGGGAUAGCACUGUGGUGAAGGAAGAGGGAACGGUUGAUUGCAGUUCCUCUUCUACUCUUCCUAAAGUGCACCAGGACAGUUUCUCUUCUGAGUCAGACUGGGAUGCCCACCUGCCAGCUUUUUUCCAGAAUAACCCACAGCAGACCUUGCAAUGUGGGGACCUGAGGAUGGCUCAAGUUACCCUGAAUGAGAGCUGGUAUGGAAAAGAGUUGUGCAACAUACUGACCCAUGAUCCAUAACCUGGACCACUAUCCCCUAGUUCCUGGCAACUGGCAUUGCUGGAAAGGUUGAAGGAGAAGGUAAAACUGACUGUGUGCACUGCAAAAACCCACUUUGGGAAACUUACCCUUUUUGAGUGUUUUUUUUUUUUUAGCAUGGUUUUUCAUUUUUCUGUCCCUUUAUGUCGGUGUUUAUCUUUUGGAAGCGCCUUACUCUCCUGCUUUGUGUGUAUGUGCCUCCCCACCCCCGUCCUUCCGGAAUGGCUGUGUCAGACGAGAGCCCUCAGCCCCUGCCCAGAGCUCUUAACUGCUUCUUAAUGACUCCUAAUGGGUUGAAGAAGUUUUAGAUGGAAUUGAAAUGCCUCCUCUAAUCGUGCCAGAAACACCAAGCUAUGAACUCAUCCUGUCUACAAACUGAUCCAGUGCCGUCAGCAAAGGAACAUUAAUGGCUCUUUCACUGGGAGCAAAAUGGGCCUUGAAGUUGCAUUUUAAUAAGUUUAAACAAUCCUGUGCAUGUUUGCCCCCUAAUUCAGACAAGUCUGACCCAAGAUCCCUUUUCUGGGAUAUGUAGUUCAGUAGCAGCAGGGAUGGAUGGGCGGAGAUAGACAUUGCUGACCUUUAGGGUGCCUUGGUGCGCCAAAUGUUAUCUGUUUUAUAAAUUCAGCAGAUGGGACUUUUUAUGGCUAAAACAAAGUCUCCGCAUUCUAGCAGAUUAUUCUUGUGAGCUUUGCAUAAUAGAAAUAGUCAAUAGUUCAAGGACAAGGAAAGGCUCAAUCACUAGCGGGAGCCUGUUUAUUAAGUGCCGUGCCGCCAUCCUAUUUCUUGUCUUCAGGAUUCUUGCUGCUGCCCUGGGCUUUGCUCGUGCACAGUAGAGCAAAAGUUUGUCAACGUGGCACCCUGUGUCUGAGGUUACACUAACCCAAGGGAUAAAGCCUUUCCUUGUUCUUUAACAGACCUCAGUUCAAGAAUAGAUUAGAAUCUAUUAAUCAAUUAAUAGAAAUGAUCCACACAGCAAGUGUCUCAUAGCCCUAAAGGGGACUUAUACCCUUUCACUUACAACUUAAUAUACAGUUGCUUUUCUGAGCACAUUUGCAAUUUACUUUCUAGAUUGCAUAUUUGCUGUAAAGCACUGGUAAUAUCAGUAAUAAUAAAAGUAAAUCAGGAUCACCCCCUGCUGUUCUCUGUAAAAGUUGGCUGGAUGCCCCUGAGGAGUUUAAUUUACAGAGUGUCUUCUGGCGUCUCCCUGAUUCCCAUGUGUCACUGUGAGGCUUGUAUCAUAUUCCACAUUUUAAAGACUUGUUUUAUUAUUGGGAAAUCUUUUUACCAUACAGUAAAGAGGGAACGGUUGAUUGCAGUUCUUCUUCUACUCUUCGUAAAGUGCACCAGAACAUCUGAUCAGAUAUUGGACCCCAGUCGAAAUUGCAACUUUUGCCCAAGACUGCUUGGAGAUACUCUGAGAGGUUAAAUCUCUGUUCCUAAUAAAGGUAGCCCCCCCCCCCCAGCAGUAGAUGCAAGUUAUUUCCCUACAUAAUGUAACUUAUUCAGUGCAUUUAUUACCAAUGUUGUUAUGUUUUUUAUUUGUUUUCUCUAAAUAAAUAUUGUGGUUUUUCUAAA